CAGGAGUCACACAAAUGCCUGAAUUAAGUUUCGAAAGUAUUUAUUUAGACGCUGUACUGCUCUGCGAGGAUCAAAGUGACCCUCUUUACUUAGAAUAUGAUACCUUCAGUAAAUACACACAAGAAAUACAGGUUAAACAAAUGAAGAAGACAAGUUACUGAAACAAAAGUAUACAGGUAAGCAAUCACAUUAAAAUACACACGACAUAAGCUCUGUAACACUAAAUCUGAUGAUUAUUCGCACAUCAGCCAUGUUCCCGGUAUGCUGCACGCUGCUCGCCGCAAAGCCCAUGGCUAGAUCACUGUCCCCUGCUCCAGCUACGCCGAGGAGCAGCACGGCUUGCAGAGGCGGAGAGCGGCGGUGUCGGGGGACCCCAGCGAUCCCGAUCGGCCCGCCCUCGCUCCUUCCCAGCGGGUGGCGGGCCCGAUACCUGCGGCCCCUCGGCUUCACGCCGGUCGCCCGCCCGUGACGUCAGACGCCACCACCGCCCUGCCUGCGGUGUCAGUGAUUUCAGCUGAUGGGGAAAGCGGGGCCUCCGCUUCAAUGGAUCACCGAUCGGGAUUAACCUUCCAGUUUCCAGCCUGGCCAGCACCGACGAACCGCAUCGGAUGCCUCAGGAAAUAUGCGUUUUCCACGGCGCCCGUCUAUCCAGCUCCCCCCUCCAGGAAACGGCCCUUUUGUGUCUGCGGUGGGAUCUGAGAGAGGGUCUCUUUUCUUUAGCUGGCGUCUCGGCAAAAGAGGCGUAAACACUGGCAGCAAUUUUGGAGAAUCGCUAACCGGGGAGGAGAAAAGGAUCAAUUACACUGGCGCCGGGAAUUAGCUUUGGGAUAAAUAGGCUUAUUUGCAAUUAAUAUAGGGAAAAGCAAGGAAUGCCGAUCAAGGGGUGGAGCUGCGGUUUGUUUAAUAAUACAUGAGUCCAGUGGAAAUGAAGAGGUCAGUCCUAUGGUCGUGUCUCGUAGUGUUACUGUUUGUCUAAAGGAUGCAUGGACUGUACUUUCCGAUACGGCCCGUUAACCUCUCGCUAAAGCCCGCAAGGUUAUACAGUGAAGUGUAUCAGAUUUAUAUAUCUCGAUCGCUAGCUGGUUACGUCCUGUCAUCUUUCCGAUUUGACGUGUUUAUUGUGCUCACCAAAAUGACUUAACGGGAUCUAUUAGGCAUCUAUCAAACAAUCUGCCUGAUACAGACUUGCCGAUGCGAUUAGUUCCGGGACGACCACAGAGAUGUGUGGAGCCUGCAGAGCAUGUAAAUAAAGGGACACCGCUUCUUUUGAUUAAGGAUUUUUUUUUUUUUUAAUCUGUACUGGAAAAGAUUUGUAACCAUGAUUAUUGAGACGGAACUUAUUUUUGACAAGGUGAGGUAGACAUUUUUAUAGGAAACUUCCUUAUUAUUUGGGUAUUAUGGCAACGACCCGGUGAAGUUUUUACCUGGCCAGGUUGUGUGCCAGUUGUUUCUCCUUUAUACCAUCCAAGAACUGCCAUCAUGUCUAAAGCAGCAACUAAAGAGAAGAAAUCUUUCAGCAAGAAGCUCUUUCAGAGAGGCUCUGUCCGAUCAGUGGGCAGUUUUAUGAACCGAGUCCUUCGGACCCUCUCUACCUUGUCUCAUUUUGGCACGGAAGAGCAUACCACAGAAAAUGAAAAGGAUGAUGGAGGAUUCACCUCCUUUAAGACCGGGGCAGCCGUACCUUCAGACAGGAGUGAUGGUGGCAGUUGUAGCUUUCUCUUUGGGGACAAGAUCCCAGGCGUGUCUGGCCUCAAGAAUCAUGGCAACACUUGUUUUAUGAACGCGAUUUUGCAGUGUCUUAGCAACACGGAGCUGUUCGCCGAGUACCUGGCGCUGGAACAGUAUCGCGGGGAAGACAAGGAUGACAAGUCCAAGGCUAAUGGUGUGUUUCUGCCACGAAAGAGUUCUCAAGGAAAAGGGGAGGUCACAGAGCAACUCUCUGGGCUGGUUAGGGCUUUAUGGACCUUUGAGUACACACCUCAACACAGCCGCGAGUUCAAGAACGUCGUGUCCAAGAGCGCUACGCAGUUCAGAGGUAAUUCCCAGCAUGACGCACAGGAGUUCCUCCUCUGGCUGCUCGACCGCGUGCAUGAGGACCUCAACAUACUUGUCAACCCCAGCUGCAGGACCUCCGUCAAGCCCCCAUUGGAGGACAGUGAUGCAGCUUCAGAAGGACCAUCGCUGGCAGCGACUGGCUCUUUUGUGCAGGAGCUUUUUCAGGCACAGUACAGGUCUUCGCUCACCUGCCCUCAUUGCCAAAAACAGAGCAACACCUUUGAUCCCUUCCUCUGUAUCUCUCUGCCCAUCCCCUUACCUCAUACCAGGCCGCUGUACGUCACUGUGGUGUACCAGGGGAAGCGCUCCCAUUGCAUGAGGAUUGGCGUUGCCGUGCCCCUGAAGAGCACCGUGUCCAGGCUGAGGGAUGCUGUGUCCAUGGAGACGAAGAUCCCCUCUGACCAGAUUGUCCUGACAGAAAUGUAUUACGACGGCUUCCAUCGCUCCUUCUGUGAUGACGACGAAGAUCUCGACAUCAUUCAGGAAAGCGACUCGAUCUUUGCGUUCGAGACACCCGAGAUAUUUAGACCUGAAAACAUUCGCGCCCAACGAGGAAGUCUCCAUGCAAAUUUAAACCAGAACAACCUGAAACAUGGAACAGACCACAACCGGACGUCUUCUUAUAUGCAAGGAGCAGUGAAGCCCGCUUCAGGAACCAAUAAGAACGUAGGAGGUGACAAGAUCAUCCUGCUGGUCUGCAAUCGGGCCUGCACAGGACACCAAGGGAGGAGGUUUGGCCACCCUUUCGUGCUGUACUUAGAGCAAACUGUGACCUGGGACGUUCUUCAGAAGGAGAUCCUGGAGAAGAUGCGACAUCUACACAGGCCAGGGGUUUACGUACAGGUGGGGCCAUUCAGCCUACGGGUGGUCGGAGUUGUUGGAAUCGCGUACCUUUUACCUCAAGAAGAGCAGCCUUUGUGUCACCCCUCGGUCGAUCGGGUGUACAAGUCCUGUGGCCCAGGGGGCCCCCCACACGUCAAGAUAGUAGUAGAAUGGGACAAAGAGACCAAGGAUUACUUGUUCGGUCACACGGAGGACGAGUACAUCCCCGAUGCGGAGAGUGUGCGUCUGCAGGUGGAGCAGCACAGCCACCCCCAAGUCUGCACCCUGGCACAGUGCUUCCAGCUGUACACCAAAGAGGAGCAGCUGGCCCCAGACGACGCCUGGCGCUGUCCCCACUGCAAGCAGCUACAGCAGGGCAGCAUCAAGCUCAGCCUCUGGACCUUGCCGGACAUUCUCAUAUUGCACCUCAAGCGCUUCCGUCAGGACCGGGACCGGAGGAUGAAGAUCCAGAACAUGGUGAAGUUUCCUCUGGUGGGAAUGGAUAUGGCUCCGCACAUGGUGAAAAGGAGCCAGAGCAGCUGGAGUCUGCCCUCGCACUGGUCGCCCUGGCGACGGCCCUAUGGCCGAGACCCAGAAGACUACCUUUACGACCUGUACGCAGUGUGUAACCAUCACGGCACCAUGCAGGGGGGGCACUAUACAGCAUAUUGUAAGAACUCCAUCGAUGGACAGUGGUACUGCUUCGACGACAGUGAUGUUCAGCUUAUUCCCGACGAAGACGUCUGUAAGGAGACGGCCUACAUCCUGUUUUACCAAAGGAGAGCCACCAUCCCAUCCUGGUCAGCUAAUAGCUCGGUGGCAGGCUCCACCAGCUCCUCCCUGUGCGAGCACUGGGUGAACAGGCUCCCGGGCAGUAAGCAGCCCAGCGUGGCGUCCGCCGCCUCAUCCCGCCGCACCUCGCUCAUCUCGCUGUCGGAGUCGGUGGAAUUCACAGGGGAGCGCAGCGAGGACGAUGAAUGUCUGGCUAACAAAGGAUCUGCUACCAUGCUGAGGGGAUUCUCGACCCGGCCCUUUGUGAGGAGCGUCCAGCGGCAGAGUUUGUCUUCUAGAUCAUCCAUUGCCAGCCCCCUGGCAGUGAGUGAGAAUGGGACCAAACCGUCCUGGUCCCUCUCAGCUAAACUGCAGAUGAGGUCCAAUUCCCCUUCACGGUUUUCUCUAGAUUCUCAUUCGUCCCCUACAUUGGAGAGGAUAGGAGAGGCGUGUGAUGACAAGGUCUCCACGUCCUGCUUUGGCAGCUACAGUAAGCACGAGAGACAUUCCAGCGGCAAGGCGCCGCUUGCAGUCAUGGACGGUGCCAUAAGUGACGACGGCGGUGGGAAGAGGUCUCUGGAUGAGGCCUACUGCAAAGCCCCAUCACAGUCUGACAAGAGGAGCUCCAAGGCUGAGCCUGAUAGCCACAGUCAGGCCACAUCUGCAGACCACGCGGCCUCCAAGGAGCAGAAGCAUCGAUCCAGCUCCGUGCCGAAGUCUGAGAGUGCGCCGGCUAAGAGAAGCUCCUGCAAGGCUGCGGUGGAGUCAGAAAAAAGCUCCAGAAGACGGCAUCCUGCAUCUUCUGCUCACAACUCGCCAGCAUCCCAGGUGUCCUCCAGCCCCCAUAUCAGGAGCUCCACCAAGGCGUCCAGCUCCAAAGACAAGAGUAACUCCAGCAAGCCCGGGAAAGCAUCUUCCGGAACACCCGCCAAGAAGGAGCCCCCUCAUGGUCAGGAGGCCGUACUGUCAGCCGCAUCCCAACACAGGCAGCGUCUCUCCUCCACCCCUCAGUCGUCGGCCUCGCCCUCCCCCACGCGCAGGAAGAUUUCAUCGGGGGCUGAGAGAAGCUCGGCCUCUGGGAGGAGUAGGCUGGCGGAAAGAAGCGCCAGUCAGGACUUAACAAGGGCAAGCACCUCCGCCGAGAAGCUCGGUGGGGCGGCCCCCCGGACCGGCAGCGCCGCCCGCCCCUCCCUCGCGCACAGCUCUGACGGCAGGCGGGCCGACGGCAGGACGGUAAGGAGUUCCAGCAGCAGCUCCUCCGUUACCAGCCUCCGAUCCUCCAGCGUCUCCUCCAGGGACCUUCGCAGGAGCAGUAAGUCGGAGGAUAAGGGCCUGUCCUUCUUCAAGUCGGCCCUGCGGCAAAAGGAAACUCGCCGAUCAGCAGAUUUCGGCAAGACCGCCAUCCUGGCCAAGAAGGUCUCUGACGGGACGGCUAAGUCGAGUCCUGAGAUUAAGAACAGUACAGCAGGGGCGGGAGAGGGGUCAGGUAAGACUGGCCAGCAGAUGGCGCCAGAGCCCCAGCUGGGCAAGGCCUCAUCUAAGACUUGCACACCUGUCAGAAACUCUGUACUAUCUACUGGCAAAUCGAAGUCUUCCGUGUCCGAGACGACUCAGUCUCUUGGAAGUGGCAGAAAGCCAGCCGAUAAGACGGGGUCCUCCAGAAAUCUUUCUUCCAGCACACAAUCUCCAGCACGAGCAACACAGAAGCCUCAGUAAAAUUUUGAUUUGCGGUUCAUUUUUUUUUUCCCUGUGAUAAAACAUUUUUUGUUGUGCCUAAUAUAUACACAGUAUAUUUUUCUUUCCUAGAGAUAACGUAUAAAUUAUUAAAGCGCCUUUCUAUUCAUUAAACAAACCAAAAGAAUUGAUCUGGUUAAAAUAGAUCUGGUGCAAGGGUAUAUUAUUGUAAAUGGAACUAAAUACUAAAGAUUGUGUUUUUAAAAAGCACUUCACAGGUACUAACUUCUGGUUUGUGUUUAGGAAUGGCACGUGUGCAUAACCGCACAGUAACUGUAAUAUACAUAAAGCAUUUAAGAGGUAAUUUCAGGUGACAUGUGCAUCAGUUGAUCGUGAGGGUUUUACAGGUCUGGACAGAGUAAAACCUUGUGCUGUUUCAAGGGCAAUAUUUCACAGUGACUUUUUUUUAUUGGCGAGGCUUUUCAGUGCACUUUAUAAAUGUUAUGUAAUUUCAACAAAACUGUAAUUAUUGGCUAAACACUGUAUUGCCUAAAAAUCAAGUGUUUUAUAAAAGUAGUGUUGUCUAUAAAAGGAGAGUGGCUCAGAUUGUAUGAGGCACUGUUUGCACAGCACUGAGCAGCUACUGAGUUUUAUAUUUUUAUUGUCGACAGGAUAAGCGCUGUUAUUAAACAGGUGGAUUCGAGCCAUCCUCCCUGGCUUAUCUUACUGGAAAAAUUAGAAUAAUUUUCCUGACAGUAGAAUGACCUUUCAUUCCAAUUAAUUGGGCCUGUUGGAAGCCCCCUAUUGCAUUUAUUAGUGUGGCAUUUAGCUGAUAUCCAUAUCGCACAAUCCAUACGUGUGGACGACACACGGCCUUUCUGGAAAGUUCUGCUGUUGACUGCAGGUCCAAAAGAAUUUUAAUGAAAAACACAGUCAGUCUUUAAUUAAUCAGACGUACUGUGUGGAAUGUUUGAAAGGGAGAACAUAAUUUAAUUUAUGAUUACCUGUCAGGACGUUAUCCCUUAAUCUGUUUCAGAUUGUUCCGGUAUUGUUUAUAAUGGUUAUAUACGCUAAGUUCUUCAAAUUUUCAGUUUAUAUACCCGCAGCUGUAAAGAAAUACUAUGCUUACACUUUAUAUUUAACUGAAUUUAUAAGGAUUGUAAUAAAACUAAUAAGAUAUUAAUGCUUUUUUAAUCCUCGAUUUUGUUUUUACGAUCUCCCACCUCCUGUUACUCUAAAUCAGGUGGGUAAACUCUCCUUGCAGUUCUUGUAUGUUCAUGUAGAUAUAUAUAUAUAUGUAUGUAAUAUGUAUAUAUCUGAUGCAUGUAAUGCUUUCUGCCGACAUGCGGGUGAGUUGCUCAGUGGCAAUUGGCUUAAUCGGGGCAGCCCAUCUCAUCCAUCCUCUCGAUUGGCUGUUGAGGAGGGAUAACAGGGAGGGGCAGUAUGUGUUCUGACAUGUGAGGCGUGAUCCCCCCACCCUCAAAGUUUUGAUAGGCAUCACAUGAGUCGCAGACAGAGCUCCCCGCUGGAGACCCACCAUCGGCGGGCGGGCGUGAGCUCAGAGUGGUCUUUAUUCUGCCAUUGGAGCCAAAAGGUCCACUGCUGUCGGCUGAAUCUGCUUUCUUCUAUCAGGGCCCGAGUGGGGGUGCGUAAAGUUCGCGAGCUGGGCACCAUUAUAAUGACCUCCUGGCAGUACUGUAGUUAUGGCCAAAAUCCCUUGGGAAUUAUUCAGAGAGGCAGAAGGGAUGGACGUGUUUCAGCUCUGUGUGACUCCUCACAUUCAGCCGGCGCUGCUGCUGUCUGCCACGGUUUAUUUCCGUUUGUUUAUUUUCUUUUUUCUUUUAAUCCCAGUAACGCUAAUCCUGUUUUAUAGUACUCACACAGGUGCACUAUAGUUUAAAUUUUCUAAUAAUCAAAAACCCAAUUUCCAAAAAAAGACAAUGCAGUCCGUCUUUUGAUCGAUGUAUAUAAUUGCUAGUCAUAAUUAAGUUUCGCCAAAAAGCUUGUUCUAUUUUUGAGUGCAGCACUUACAAAGACUGAUUGGCUUGAAAGAUCGAUUUACUUUUUAUUGUGUGUGAAUGAGCGGUACUGUGAAAUGUUGCCCUUUUACCCACGAUCACGUCUCGCUUUGCGUUCGCUGUCAAUGCUGCCAGUGGCUUUCUGCACCGGACCGAUUUCCUACAAAAGGCAUCUACAUGCUUCGGCUCAAGGUGGCGGACCGGACGCUGCGUUACGGCACCUCCGCGUUACGGCACCUCCGCGCUGACUCAGUGGUGCGCCUUUGCACUGUGGACAGCUUUUGCAAGCGCUUUCUGCCAUUGUCCAUUUUGUCAAGUUGGAUGAAAAUACCAUUACAGCUAUUGUGCCCCUUUUUUUGUUGGCUUUCAUGUUUAGGAGGAGCAAACAGCUUGCCAAUGCACUGACUUUAAUACAGAAAAGAAAUGCAGUUUAAAGAUUUAUGGAAGCAAUUUUGCAUGAUACUGCUGAUGCAUGCACCAAACUAUGCAAGCGACUGUUGGUAAUGGCUGCACUGAAGUUAAAAUGCUAACAUGUAGGAUUAUAUAUAUAUAUAUAUAUAUAUAUAUAUUUGUAUUGUAUUUUUUAAAUGCCAGCAACAGAGAGCAUGAGUGGUCCUCUUAAAUGUUUUAUUUGCACAUUAUUGAAUUGCUCUUGGAACUUGUGUGAACGGUGGGUAUUGCUAAUUUGCAUUAAACAAGUUACUCCAAGUCUCUUACAUAACUAGAAGUUUUUUCCCCCGCAUCCAUUUCUUGUGGUAGGUUUUUUCUGAAGGCUAAUACCUAUUACAGUUGUGUCUGAAUAUUUGUGCUUUCAGUUCUGCCAAAAAAAAGAAAAGCUAUUGGUCCACCCUUGGUUUUGAAAUAAGUAUUAAUUCAGUCUGAACCAACAUACAACAAACCCAAGGCUCUGCGUUUCAGACAAUUCUUAAUUUUUUGGUCACGAUGUUGAUUGCAGACACUGCAGACAUUUGGCAUUAAUCCGGGAUUUUGUUAGUAGGCCUAGUGUUCGCAGUUGACUGCCCUUAGCACUCAAUUAAUGAAUCACACCUUUAUUUUGUCUGUUUCAUCAACAUUCAUUUAUUGUAUUUUUUGUUUCCAUGUGACAUUUGUUUACAAUGUUUGAUUAUUUAAAGAAAUAUUUCCGCUUAUGUUCCAAAUUUCAGUGUUGUUUGAUAUUGUUUCCCCCAUCAUUUUUGGCCCAUUACAACAUUAAAACAUUUUAAAAGCACUUUAUGUUCAGUAUGCAAUCAUAAUGACAUGUUAGCAUAACGUGCACUAUGAAAUUUAGAAUAUUAUAGAAUCUGUUUUGAUGUCAUUUUGCCUGUACAGCAGAAAAAAUAGGUAUUGAAUAGGUAUUCCGAAACUGUAUAAAAUAAUGUAUGAGUAUGAGAAUAUCCAUUAAUCAAAAACAAGAAUAAUUUAACAUAUGCAACAUAAUUUAUGCUGUCUGACAACACAUAAUUGCGUUUUAAUUUGUGUUUCAGUAUGUUUGCACUUUUGUAUAUGAAAUAUUUAUCUUUUUCAACAAUGAUUUUUGAAGGGGAACAUGUUCAUCAGUUUGUUUACCAAUGAAAGGACGACAAGAUGUUAAGUAAUAAAAAGUCAGUUUUUUUUUUGUUGGUUUACUUUUGUAAAAAAAAAUUUGAUUGUGUUUGUUUCUGCGCUUUGAAGGCUAGUUUUGAGAACUUUUCUUUACAUCCACUGGGUGGCGCUUUCUGACAGUUUUUUUUACUCCUCCAGGAUACAGCUACGCUUUCUGCAUGAGGAUAAAGAUUCUUAAUCUAAUUUCACAACAAUCUACUGUGCCUGGUUCAGUUUAAGUUUAAGUUAGACAUCAAGCUUUCUUUAUCUCACCUCAAAAUAAGUUUUCAGAAGGAAAGCUUUUGUCUGUCCCCGUUUGCUUUUCCAUAUUGAAUGAAUUACAUUUUUAUA